AUGGCACCAAAAUUGAAGGAAAUCUACGCAACAGAUGUUGUUGAUGCAAGAGAGAAAAUACUGAAUUAUAUUCAGAGGGCCAGCCUCAAGAACAACAUAAUCUACUUUGAUGGGUGGCGUGGCUUUGGAGUCACCGCCGUUCUUAGAUCCAUAGCACAAGCAAUUCCAUCUAUGAAAUCUCCUCCUCCAAAAUUAUGCUUCGGCAGAACCAUUUACAUUGAUUGCUCAUGGUGGGAGAGUAAAAGGGUGAUGCAGAGAAAAAUUGCAGAGGAGCUGAGGCUUGACCGGAAGACCAUGGCCAUGAUUGAGGAGCAGGACCAGGAGGACGACUUCAACGGAGUGGAUCAUGGUUCUAGGGAUGUGAUACGAGAAGUUUCAGCAAUGAUUGACCAAACCCUGAGGGAAAAUAGAUUCAUGAUGAUUUUCAUUACUGGGAGUGCUGAUGAGGUUGCCCUAAGAGAAAUUGGUAUUCCAGAAUAUUACGGCAUGAUAAUAUGGACAUUUGGAAGAAGGCUCGUGACUAUGCAUGAGCACGAUGGUAUUGAGAAACUAGUAAAGAAUUUAAGACACACAAGCCUUUUUAUAAACCCGUCCAGCUAUCAAACUCACAACGUAGUGCACUGUUUCUUGAAGAGGUUGCCAACAGAGUUGCUAGCUAUCCAUUUAUGA